UGUCAUACUCAUUUUGCUCUGCCCCGGCCCCGCGGAAUCCUUGGACCUUGACGUGACGAGUUCGUUAGCAGGAGCCGGCUAGCCGAGCGGGAGUAUCGCAUUUGUGGCGCUCGUUCAAGAUAAACCCGUCUAGAUCGCUGUCAGCGCGCUUGACAGCAGCACAUCAAGUGAAUAUGAGGUAAGGCAGGGCGGAGGAUUCGAACACUGCGCCAGAAGAUCUUUUAGGGAGAAACACCGUGCCAACGUUUCUUCAGUCUUGGAGUGAGCAGCGAGAGGUGGCGGACGCGAAUUGAUGGUGCUCAGUGCUUAGCAGCAAGGAGGAGAUACUGGGCAGUUUCGAAGGCAAUCUUUCCGCGCCCUGAAUCGAGGUAUGGCGUCCGCAGGCAAAGUGGUGCGCCGUGCGACUAUCUCGGUUGCAGAUGAGUUGCAGGACCCGAGCCUGAUUCUUGAAAACACACAGAAUACUUAUCAGAAUAUGCUAAGUCUCCUAUCUCAGAUCCCCAGCUUGGACUGUUCAAUGCCGCCAGCCGCGGCCGCUGCGACACCGGUGAAGGGCAAGCAGGCAUCGGUUGCUGCGACAGCGGCGGUGAAGGUACGUCGCAGCGUCAGCCUUCGUCCAUUGUCCACGGUCACCCCGUCGCCACAAUCCGGUUCUAGUGCGGUGGGACCUUGCCGAGGUGGUAGCCCGAAUACUCAGCGUAGCUCCACAGCUCCGCUUCAAGCCAGUUUAGCCAAUGGCGGAGACCGCGAAGGCAGCAUCGGGACAAAGGCCUCAUCGACUACCGGUCCCAGCGCGAAGCUGGAAUCGGAUGCGGCAUCUGAUCCUGCACUCGGCCUGCCCAUCGCCGCUGGGAUCGGUUCCGGUGAGGACUGCGAUUCAUCAUCUGACGAUGAGCACAACGCAAGUCUGACCUCUAUGCAAUGGCUAGCCAAGGGUAACGAGGUACUGAAAUCCAAUCUAGCCCUCGAGUCUCACAGCUCGAUAGCCAGCAGCAGCAGCCGCACUAAAGCCAAAGGGAACCGAGCGACCGGCACCACCAGCGGCAAACGCAGUACCAAGAAACGCCCUCGCCCUCGCCCUCGACCGUCGAAGAAAUCGCCUGUAGCUGCCUCCAGCGCCACAACGGGACGCGGCAGAGCGACGAAACUGGAAUGCCAGCUACUAGCGGAAGCGGCCGAGGUCGGCGUCGAAGUACCCGAGUCACCGACGGCCGACGAUUACCUGACGAAUCCGUACUGUAAGCCCGCGUUCAAAGUGUCCAGUUUGAUUCUGCGUAUCAUGUAUGCCAAUCAUUAUCGCCACAUCACACUCGAUGCUAUCUACGACUCGCUCAAAGCCCAAUACGCCUACUACAGGAAGCGGGACGCGGAAGGCGAGCAACAGCAGCAGCAGCAGCUACAGCAGAUGCUGCUGCAGCAACAGCAGCAACAGCAGCCGGAGCAGCAACAGCAGCCGGAGCAGCAACAGCAGCCGGAGCAGCAACAGCAGCGGGAGCAGGACGAGCAAACUGUAAAUCAACCCCAGGACAAGGAGAGUACGCAGACAACGGUACCAUCACCACCGCAGCAGGAGGAUGCAAGAAAUCGAAGAUCCACCUCUGGCUGGAAGAACACGGUCCGCCAUGCCCUCUCCACGGAGAAGUUCUUCAAGAGCGAGCGGCGCUCCGACGCCAAUCCGGGCCGGGGAGGCCUGUGGCGCGUUGACCUCGACCUCGUGCCCGACAAGGUCACUGAGGAAAGUAAACUACACGAGGUGGAGCGCAACGCUAACCCAGAUCCACAACCAACACCAACACCACUGCCAUCACAGCAAGCAGCGUCUGCAGAGGAGCCCCAGCCGGACGCACAGGACAGCAAGGACAGUGCUGUCCAAUCGGAUAAGCCCGACGAUGACACGGCUCAGAAAGCCAACACGAAGAAGGCGUCCAAGUCGCCACGGAAACCGCGUGGCAGUGGCAGCCGAAAGCGGAAGGCCACCAGCGACGACGGUAGCGAGGAACCAGUCCCACCCAAGCCCAAACGCAGGCGUAGACCUGCCAAACCAAAAGCGUCCGUGGCAGCUAGUGGAUCCGAGACAUGCAAUCCUGCCGAUUUGCCCGCAUCAGUCGGCGACGAGUCGGUUGCUCUAGCGCCGCUCAUCAUCGAUGAGGACGUACUGAAGAAUGUUGAUGCUGAUGUGUUAGAAAUGGCUGAGAGUAUUCGAAUGGCGCCAGGUGGUGGGGAUAUGAGUAGGGACCAUGAUCAGCUGUCCUUCUCCACCAUCGGACUAGAGUUCAGCCAGUCGUUCAGCCAGCCGUUUGUUCCCGACCUUAUGAAGUCCAUGCCAUGUGUCCACGCGCAGCAGAGUUCGUCAGCGUACGGCAUGGUGUCGACGGCGGCGGCGACGAACAUGGCACCGCAUUCGGCAGCAUUGUCGCUUACUGGCCCGCAUUGCCCUGUGCUGCUGCUGCCGAACGGAGUGAUGACUUACACUAACGGCAGUGGUGGUGGUGCGACUACAGCGGAUCCUGUCAUAAUGCCGUCGACUCCAGUUGCCACGCCAACGUCAUCGGUCGACACCACUGCACAGCUGCCGUCGUUUGAUGACAUCGUGCGGGGAGGCAUGAUGUGCACGGACCAGGAACGUGACGCUCUGUUGGCCGUGGCGGCGGGGCCCGAUCCUCAUCAGCAGCAGCAGUCACACGCACGCCUAGUACAUACUCCGGGCACCUCUGCCGCUUCCGGGUCGUCGGACUUGACCACCACACCACCGGGAGGCAGGGCAAAAACCACCAGCACCGGCACGGCAGCCUUGGAGAAUGCCGACAACGAGGAACUGUACAAGCUCGCCGAAUGCUAUGGUGCCUUCAAACCCAACUCCUCGUUCGGCCAGGAGCAAUUCCAGGCGCUGCAGCGCCAGGCGCACAAUGCCUCACCCCUGGCAGCUCUGUACAAGUCCGGGCAGGUACUGUCGGCCAACUCACUGGCCGCAAGGUCAGCCCUGAUGUCACCUGGUGUCCGUGUGCCUAUCCCGCUACCACCCGCCGGCAGUUUUCUGGCAUCUCCUUCGCCCAGCAGACAAGAGCACGCCCCCGUGCAGCCUAUGAACCCGUACGCUUUGCCCCCCGAUGUGGCUGCCGGCCAGUUCUUCCAGACGCCCGGCUGCAGUACUCCGCGACGCGGCAUAUCACCGAGCACUGUCAAACAACGGUGGCAGUCGCAGAGUCACUCACACCACAGCGGCGGCGGAGGAGGUCACCCAUCCUCGUCGUUUGUUGCUGCGUUGUCAGCGGGGGCGUCUUCUCAGCAGCAUGAGCAGCGCCCGCGCCCUCAUGGUUUGUUUGGCCUUGCUGACUCACCCAGCAUUGCUGCUGACGCCAGUGGCCUAAACUGCAUCAGUCCAAUCUCGAUGCGAUCCCUGGUUGCAUCGGCGUCGUCAUCAAUGGCAAGUAGCCCCAGAUCCGUGCGAUCGCUGGCAAGUCUCUCCUCGUCGUCACUGGCAAGUCACUCCUCACCAUCACUGGCGAGUCGCUCUGAUCUGCUGCAGCGGCAACGGGUCGAGGACGAGGAAGACCCAUGCGGCGUCGGCGGUGGCGUCGAGCCAGCCAUGUUAACCAUGGAAACGGCCAUGGCAACGCCGGUGGUGGGUGCCGCCGAGGCGUCGCCGAUAAUGGCACUGCACAGUGCACCACUGCUGCCGACCGCGGCGCAAUCCGUUGCCGGGACGACUACGCCCAUGUCGAUAUUCAGCUUCAACAAGGACGAGCUGUGCGUGCUGCCUCGCAAUGAUAAUAACACCUCCGCUCUAGACCAGGCACUGCCACCACAACAGCCGCAGCAGCAGCAGCCUAAAUCGGCACCGCCCAUGUGGACGGGAUUCAAUGGCUUGCAGGUCAACAUACACGGCGUGUCGUGAGAAUAAAGAAUUAAAAUGUCUUCCACUGCCGCUGGAAGAGCGCAUGACAUGUCGCAAUUUCAACACUGGACCCAAUGCAUUGCAUGGCCGCCGUCAGCCACGCACGCAGUAGUAAUGACAAUCUUCAAACUACGUACGUGUACAAGAACGCCCUAACCCGCCCUCCUGCAUGUAUUCACACAAAACUCCGUUCCGUAACGUUGAACUGUUUUGAAGCGCGAAACUGAAACGUCUGUCCUCGUGUACUAGUAUCAUUCCGGUGUAGUCGAAAUCAGAACUAUCAUAAUGUCUGUUGUCAUUGGCGGAGUGAAGUAUCCAAAUUGUAUUCAUUGGCUGAGGUGGAGUAUUUUAAAACUUGUAUUCAUUGGCGGAGUGAAGUAUUUAAAUUGUAUUCAGCACAUGCAUGUAUGUAUAUCAGCAAAGCUUAGCUGGCAAAAUGGUCACACUGCUCUGUUACAGUGCAGCCAGGGAAUGCCUCCGCCACACAGACUCUGCCCGUAUCGUGCAAUGGGGCACUGCGUCCUACUAUCCACGGCAACCUUGAGACACGCCUGGCUGUGUCUGCGACUGUCCUCCCUCGGUGUGUGCUCGCGCCCCGUUGUGGCUUCGCGACAUUUUCAUCAUGUCUUUUCCUCCGGCCGACUUUCUCCCGCCAACGUCUCUCCUACACUACAAUUGUACUUUAUAUAAUAGUUUUCAAUCUCCAGCAUACACUACCUAUCCUCGCAUCACAGCGCACAUACAGUGCAGUAGUAUUCCCCGUGCACAUAUCCAGCCUACAGCAUAGUCAGCUCUAUUAUUCAUCUUCUGAAAGUCAAAUAUUUUGGGUAUAUUCUCUCCCAUGGUUUUGUUACUUCGUCUUCUAAAGACAGUUUGCUCGUCAACGAAUUUUUUUACGACAAGAUGUGGAUUUUAUUGUCCACAUGGCUCAUCUCAGAUAUCUUUUCAAGUUCUAAUUGAAACUGUUUUUAGCAGCCCUGCUUUCUGUUCCGAAAAAUCCAACGUGUUUCAUGGAUGCAAA